AGGACGCGCCGGCCGGGCUGAGGCGGCGGCGGCGGCAGUAGUAGCAGCGGCCGCCGAAGGCGAAUCCCGAAGGAGGCGGCGGCUUUGCUGCUGCUGCUGCUGUUGUUAAGGGGGGCUCCUGACUGGCUGGCUGGCUGGCUGGCUUCCCCGGAGCCAUGGGAAAGGAGCAGGAGCUGCUGGAGGCCUCCCGCACGGGGAACCUGCCCGCCGUGGAGAAGCUGCUCUCGGGGAAGCGCCUCAGCUCGGGCUUCGGCUCUGGCGGCGGAGGCUCAGGCGGCGGGGGAGGAGGGGGCUCCUCGGGAGGUGGCGGCGGAGGAGGGAGCGGCGGAGGCGGGCACCCGCUUUCGAAUCUCCUCAGUAUAUGGAGAGGACCAAAUGUGAACUGUGUUGACAGUACUGGAUACACUCCAUUGCACCAUGCUGCUUUGAAUGGUCACAAGGAUGUUGUGGAGGUUCUGUUGAGGAAUGAUGCAUUAACCAAUGUGGCUGAUUGCAAAGGCUGCUAUCCUCUUCAUUUGGCAGCUUGGAAGGGAGAUGCUGAGAUAGUGAAGCUGCUAAUACACCAGGGACCAUCCCAUACAAAAGUGAAUGAGCAGAAUGCUCUUGAGAUCAAAGAAUUCAAAAAGUACGGCCCCUUUGACCCUUAUAUCAAUGCCAAGAAUAACGACAAUGAGACGGCACUGCACUGUGCAGCUCAGUACGGACAUACAGAGGUGGUGAAAGUUCUCCUGGAGGAGUUGACUGACCCUACAAUGCGCAAUAACAAGUUUGAGACCCCUCUUGAUUUGGCUGCACUCUACGGCAGAUUGGAAGUGGUGAAGAUGCUGCUGAAUGCCCAUCCCAAUCUAUUAAGCUGCAAUACUAAGAAACAUACACCCUUACAUCUGGCAGCUAGAAAUGGUCAUAAAGCUGUAGUUCAUGUUCUUCUGGAUGCAGGCAUGGAUAAUAAUUAUCAGACAGAAAAAGGCAGUGCUUUGCACGAAGCAGCUUUGUUUGGCAAAACAGAUGUGGUCCAGAUAUUGUUAGCUGCAGGCAUUGAUGUGAAUAUAAAAGAUAACAGGGGCCUGACUGCUUUGGAAAUUGUGAGAGAGCUCCCAUCACAGAAAAGUCAACAAAUAGCCGCUCUCAUUGAAGAGAGCACAAUGGGGAAGAAGGCAAAUACAGUGGAAGAGAAGAGCACAUCAGCAUCAUCUACUUCUAAUGAAACCUUAGUUCAGUUAUCCCAAGGAAAUGUGGAAAAAGCAGUGACAGAACUGAUAAUAGAUUUUGACGGAAAGCCAGAGGAAUGUCCGUAUGAAGUCUUGUACAAUGCAACGUCUUGCCAUUCUUUGGACAGCCUGGCCAGUGGAAGAUCUUCAGACAGAGACUCUGUGAACAGGGAAGCGGAGAUGACCAAUGUUAGAGUGAGGCCUAGAGAACGCCCACCUCCUCCUGCUAAGCCUCCCCCUGAUGAAGAGGAAGAACACGCAGAAAAGAAGCAGAGUGCAUCCUCAAAAGGCAUGAUCACCAAAAGAAAGAGUCGAGGAAGCACAGCUGAUGAAGAAGAGGAGCAUCCUUAUGAGCUGCUUCUAACAGCGGAAACUAAGAAACAUACUGCAGUAGAUAAAAAAACAAAAGGUGAAUCAUCAUCGGGUGCUGCCACUGGUGUCCAGCCACAGGCUUGGCCACGAAAAGGUCCAUCUUCUCAAGAUGGCCAGUGGCCACUCAGUUGCCAAGCUUCUUCUGAGUUUUCUUCCAGCCAUUCUGAGCAAUAUUCAAGCCCUGACUUGCAGUUGGUGGAGAUACCAAAAGAUCAAAGCAGGAGCAGCAAUAACCACAGCCAAACAGAUGAACAGGACGUCCCAGUACUGGAUCAGUUCUCAGGUCUGCUGCAUGGUUCUUCUCCGGUGUGUGAAGUAAAUGAGGACCCUUUCAGACUCAUUUCUGCUGUAGGCAAAGGAGGUACGGAGCGGACUGCUAUGCAGCUGGAAGAUGUUGAAACAUCUGAAUCAGUACAGACUAGCACUGCAGACCAAAAUAAAGUGGUCUAUUCAACCAUCCGUCAUAGCUGUGACAACAAGUUGGACCCUGAAAUUUUAGUGCAUCCUCAUUUGCCACAGCACCCUGGUGGUACUGAGGACGGAGACAAGAGUGGCGUUGUGGGCAGAGUUCAUGCAGGAGGCAAGUCCAGAGCAGAACUUAAACUUAGCCGUAGCUUGUCAAAAUCGGACUCUGAUCUUUUGACGACUUCACCAACAGAAGACGAUACUAUGGGGAGCAGAAGUGAAUCCCUUUCUAAUUGUACUGCUGGGAAAAAGAGGCUCGAGAAAUCACCUUCUUUUGCUUCAGAGUGGGAUGAGAUUGAGAAAAUCAUGAGUUCCAUUGGUGAAGGCAUUGACUUCUCACAGGAGCAGCAAAGGAUGUCAGGUUCGCGGAUGCUGGAGCAGAGUGUUGGAGAGUGGCUGGAAUCCAUCGGUUUACAGCAGUAUGAGAGUAAACUGCUUCUUAAUGGCUUCGAUGAUGUCCGCUUCCUGGGCUGUAAUGUCAUGGAAGAUCAGGACCUUCGGGAGAUUGGUAUUAGUGACCCACAGCAUCGCAGAAAACUUCUACAGGCCGCACGUUCCCUUCCUAAGGUGAAAUCCUUGGGCUGCGAUGGAACUCAGCCUUCGGUCCCAGCCUGGCUGGACUCCUUGGGGCUGCAGGACUACAUUCAAUCAUUCCUGUCAAGUGGCUACAGCUCUAUAGACUCUGUGAAAAACCUCUGGGAACUAGAACUAGUAAAUGUGCUCAAGGUAAAUCUUCUCGGGCAUCGUAAACGUAUAAUAGCCUCUCUGGCAGACAGACCAUAUGAAGAACCCCCACAGAAGCCACCACGGUUUUCUCAGCUAAGGUGCCAGGAUUUGAUAUCCCAAACAUCCUCACCUCUGAGCCAAAGUGACUCUUAUACUGGAAGGUCAGCAGAUCUCCUGCUUCCCUUGGGGGAUGCUGGAAAGAAGAGACAUGAGGGCAGCCAUGACACUAUUUCUUACCCCAGAACAGAGAGACUCAAGGUACAGGAGGAACGUCAUGAAUCCAAACUUACGCUCAGACCCCCAAGUCUCGCUGCUCCUUAUGCCCCUGUUCAACAUUGGCAGCACCAGCCAGAGAAACUUAUAUUUGAGUCUUGUGGGUAUGAAGCCAAUUAUUUAGGAUCCAUGUUAAUCAAAGAUCUUCGAGGGACAGAAUCAACACAGGAUGCCUGUGCAAAAAUGAGGAAAUCUACAGAACAUAUGAAGAAGAUCCCAACAAUAAUAUUAUCCAUCACUUACAAAGGAGUGAAGUUCAUAGAUGCCUCUAACAAGAAUGUUAUUGCUGAACAUGAAAUCCGGAAUAUUUCCUGUGCUGCCCAAGACCCAGAGGAUCUCUGUACAUUUGCCUAUAUCACCAAGGACUUGCAGACUAGCCACCACUACUGUCAUGUAUUCAGUACCAUUGAUGUGAAUCUAACAUAUGAAAUCAUUUUGACACUGGGGCAAGCAUUUGAAGUAGCCUACCAGCUGGCUCUCCAAGCUCAAAAAUCAAAACCUCCAGGUGCUCUGACAGCUGAAACAAUAGAAACAAAAUCUUCUAAACCAGUGCCUAAGCCUCGAGCCAGCAUGAGGAAAUCAACAGUGCCGCUCCCUCCCGAUAAUCGCUGUUGUUACUGUCACACCUGUACUACACACCGUCCCUCCUAUCUGCCGCUGCAAUCUAUUAGUCAAGGAGCUAAGUUGGAGCCCUCUGAAGUGGACCAAGAUUCCCAGUCUCAUGCCAGUGUGUCCUGGGUAGUGGAGCCCAAGCAGGAUUCCAAGAGGACCCUCAGCACUAAGUAUGAGACUACUAUCUUCUGAAAACAAAUCCUGCAUCCAUCCAGUCUAACCGUGCCUUUGCAGUCUGAUCUGUCUCCUCUUCUAAACCCUUCCUUCCUCCCAUUGCUGGCACUAGGUGUGGCACCAUCAGAGGCAGCAACACUAGGAUACCAUAGACUAAACAUCUUUUUGUACCUGAUUUUUACUGAACACUGUGAAUUCUCCUAAUGGAAAAAGGGUAACUAAUUGAAAGAACCACCUGUUUUAGAUGGUUCAAGAGGUGGGAGAAACAAAGUAUAUGGGAGUCGAAUAUGUGGAUUUUGGAAACCACCUGGUGUUCCUGGACUUUGUCUUCAUUUUGACACUGUGAAUUUGUGGAGUGAAUCAACACUCCAUGGGCCUUUUCUAUUUAACAUUCUUAUUCUUGGACUGUUCUACAACUUUGGUCUCACAUGUACAUUCUGUUGCAAUCUAGAUUAUACCUCCACCCUGAGCCAUGGCCACAAACUGUUCCAACGAGUAGCACUCUUUUAUUAUAAUCAGAAGACGCUAACCACUGUGAUACUACUAGCAAACCUCUUGCUCACCAUACCCUAGCAUGGAUCCUGCUCACAAUCUUUGCUAUCCCUGGAUAUCUGAAUGCAUGGUGUAAUAUAAAAGUCUUCUAGGCAAUAUGACUACUUCUAUUAAGCACUGUUUCUUUUUCUUAGGAUUCAGGCUUGAUAUAGAUACCAGAAUGUCCAACCAUUGUUUUCAGCUGUCCAUUGUAUUUCUUGCCAUCCUCUGAUUUACUACUUGGCUUUUCUAUUCAAAAUAACCAAUCUGCUUGAAAAGAAUUUUAAAUCUUGUUUUCUAGACUGAUUAGAUUGAACAUUUUCAAAGGCACAUGCUGCUAAUCCUAAAUUAUGAGCAAAGACUGACAAUAAGGGCCUCAUAUUUAAUCAAAAGUACAGAAAGAAAUGGGGUGGGGAACUUUGCUGUAUACAGUUCCCUUACAGGGGAAAACAUAGUUUUGUACUAAGUGCAUUCUGUUAGAGCCUGCUCAUACUGAACUAUCAAAAUACUUGCUAUUUGUCUAUCUCCAGGCAGGCCAGUAGUCUUUUCUAUUUGGCCCCUCGUAUAUUUCAGAUACAAACUUUACUCAACUCCUGAAACAAUGCCUGUAAAUUGGAAGUUAAAUUUUGAGUGAUGACCAGUUUAAGAAGUCAAUAUUAGGUCCAAAGUCUCAUUCUUGAAACAGUUACCCUUGAUGUUGUUACAGAGUUGAAACAAAAAUUUUACUGGACAGAGACGAGGAAAAUUUCAUGCCUGUUUGUUCUGAGAUAAAUGUUAGGUUCAACUGUGAGACAAUUGUGGAUGGUGAGUGAGGUGUAAAGCCUGAUAUCUGCCCCUGUCCCUUUAAUCACUUUGAAGAGUGGCUUCUACACAGUUCUCCUCCUUUCUAAGUACAGUUCUGCUCACAUUUGAAAUUCAACAGAAAUAAAAAAGUCCUGUGAUGAGAUUCCCUCCAGUGGUAUCCCCUGAAGCUUGUUACAGAUUGAACAAAAUAGUUCUGUAUUUGAUCAUUUAUCUUCUCCAAGAACAUUUUUUGAAAGGGAAUUGAUAUUGUAAACCAGAACUGUGGGCUCUUAACACAGAAACCAAGACUCUAGAGACAUACACUAUGUUAGCAAACAAUCAAGUGUAUACACACAUUAUUUCUUUCAUUGUUCCUAAUGAACUAGGCCACUAAUCUUCUUUACUGAGAUAAAUAGGAUUAAGAAACUGGAGAUACACUGCCACAGUCAUUUAAGAAGCAGUUUGAAAUACCUUUAUAUUUUUCUUUUGUUCUCAAAUUGGAUGCCCGGACUUUUAAGAAACUUAGGAGCACAUACUCCCUUCGCUUAACAGGUACCAAAACUCUUUAAUAACAUCUGCAGGCAAUGUCACUGCUCCGUUCUUCUGAAAAUUAGAUGAUGUAGUACAUGUGCCUUUUAAUGGUGUGGUUUCCAGUAAACAUCAUAGCAGAUGGUUAUGAAUAGCAGAUUUCAGCCAUAUGGCUAUUGCAUAAUAUAAAGCCAUAGGCCUAUCAGCAUUUCCAUCACUGUCAUCAUAAAGGCCCCUCCGCUGUUUUAUCUGAAUGAAAUCAUUCAUUUCUUAUUUUUCUUUUAAUUAAUAUUAUACCCCAUUCUGUUUGCCUUCUGCCAAGCUGAACUGCAGACAUCCACGUUGCAUCAUGGAAAAUAUAGUAAAGGGGCAGACCAUUAUGAAGCAGUGUGACCCUGAUGGUGUGAAGAUCAACACUCGGCUCUGGGAUGUGUCCUUGGAUGCUCAUUAAGGACUUCCAGAGUUGUGUGAAAAGGGAUUCCAGCCACAAGCGUACAAUAAAAUAAAAACGAACAGUAUGCGUUUCUAGUAAAAGUGAAACAUCUGAAAUUAAGAGAUUUGAUGCCAUGUGCUAUAGAUUAAUUUUUUUAAUACAGUGGUACUGUAAGAGCCACAAUUUCAGCAUAGCAUUGACAGUGGAGAGUCCUAUCUGAUAAAAGAAAACACAAGAAUGUCUGUCUUAUAAUAUGGGGUGAGUGGAUGCUCCAGUGUAUAAAAAUUCACUUCAACAAGUUCCCAAGAUUGCUGCAAUAUAAAUGUAUUUUGGAGGUACUGGCACCUAGUUUGAGAGCUGCAGUAAGCAUUUAAGUGGAGGAAAUUAUUGUAAUCAUCAAUAUUUAACCCUGAGUGAUGAUUACUGAACAGAAACCUGAUACAAAUCUGUUUUCAGUGCAGAUAAUUGUAUCGUUGCAAUAUUUCUGUUCUGGUGAAGUAUCAUUUUUCUCCCCAGGCUGUAUAUAUAGAUAACUGAGCUGUAGCUCUUUGCAUUUCAUUCAUACACCAUAUUUUUUAAAAAAUGUGUUUGUGUUCUGAUGGUUUGACAUUUUUAAAGAUGUUUAUUCACAAAUAGCACUUUUUAUACUAGUUCAUAAUUUAAGUAUGCUUAGUAUAGCAAUUUCAGAAUACAGAAAAUGUGGAGGUAUUUUGGGCAUUAUACUAUAUCACUUGAUUUCUUAUUCUACUCCACUCAAGAAUGACUGCUUCAAGUGGAAGCUGUGCGCAUAAUUGUGCAUCAUGUAAAGUAUCACAGUCUGAAACACUGGCUAUGCUUAUGGCUGUGACGAAUGCAACUCUCUGUACCCUAUCUAUGGGAAAGAUGAGGAAGUGCAAAUAAGUCUGUGGCAGAUGUGAUAGUUUGUGGUACCCUGCUACUGUGUAAAUAGCUUGUUUCAACUUUUCUUACUGCUGUAUCUUUAAAAUGUAAUUUAGUCUUAUUCCAGUUCAUGAAAAUGUAGGGGCAGAAACCAAAUUGGUUCCAAAAGGCUUGGAUUUGGAAAUGAUUAUUGGAUCGAUUUAACAACAUGACAUUCCUUUAUAUGCAUUUGUAACUGAUAUAUUAUUGUUCAUAUAAAUUUUGCUGCACUGGCAAUUCUUUUCUGAGAGAAAAAAUGAAGUUUUGUUAUGAAGGAGGAAUCUUGGAACAUGGUGGCAGAUGUAGAUGGUAAAAUCUUCCAACAUGCUUCUUUUCAUGAUCAGGUGCUUCCUCUACAAAUUUAGGUAGACCUAGUAAUAGCUUAACUGCAUCUUUUCCUUAUACAUUCUUUUAAAAAAGCAAUCAAAGUCUUUUUGGACCUGAUCUUUCUUAGGAAGUCUAGUUAUCCACAGCUUCCAAACAGUUUGAAAAUGUCUACAGUGUUCAACUUCUUGCCUAUUUACAGGAUUUAUAGCACACUGAAGAAAGUGCCCUAUAUUCCUGGCGUUAAAUGUGUUUUAAAGUGUCCUCUGAAAAUGCGAUUCCUUUUUCUAGCACCAGCCUUUGCUAAAGUAGCAUCAUAUAUCUAUGCUGCUUUUGCCAGUACUUCAUUUUUCCCUCCUCCUGAAAAAUAAACUUUAUUUUCUGUAAGCUUAUAUUUACCUUGUAUGGCUGCAGAAUGAGAACAUACUGUAGAUACUACGUUGGAUGAAGGGUUGCUUAUUUCUUGAAUGGGAAAUCACAUUAUUAAAAUCAAAGUCAUAUAAUAUUUUCUCUGUAUGUGUUACAUACUGUUGCUAGCUCAUAGAAACUGGCCUUUAGACUUCCUUAGAUUAAGAGGGAAGUCUUAUUUGAAUUCAAAGUGCAUUACAAUUCUGCCCUGCUCCCUUCUGGAAAAUAAAUUCUCGAGCAGCUUUAGUGGUGACCUUUGCUGCUCUUGUAGACAACAUCCUGAUAGGUAUCUCACCUUUUAAAAUAAUGUCACUUGGAAAACUAAAAUGGUUUGGGUGAUACUUCACUCCUACAUUGUCUCCUUUUGCAUGAUCGGUAUGAAUGUCUAUUAACAGGAUUUUCUUCUAUGCUUGCUCCUGAAAUGAGCAGGUAGAUUCUUGGUAACAGACAGUUUGGUUUACAGUGUAGACACUUUUUGGCUAAUUGUGAUGUAUGGCAGUGGGACUGAUUUGUAAUAAAAAUGUUAUUUGAUCUGUCUUUGUAUUUUGAUACUUGAACUAUUUCCUUGUUAUUUCCUGUAUAUAAAAUUGUUUAUCUGUCCAUUUUUGUGGUACCAAACAUAACCAAUCUGUGCAACAACAUAGACUGACCUCACUACGACAAGGCGAGACUGUAAAUAUUCCUGGGCUUCCAGCAGUCGUUUUGUUGUUUGUUUUUCAUAAUUGUAUGACUUAGAACAGACUAAAUUAAUAAAAUUAGACAUCUCUGUA